UUGCUGAUAAAUAAUUUGUUGGGCCUAAAAUAGUAAAAACAAUAUUGGUUUUAAACAUAACCUCAAAACACAACAAUGAAUCCUGUAGAUUUUGUAUUGAUAAAAGACAUAAGGCCCGUUGAAAAUAUUAAUGUUAUUUUCAUUGUUUUGGAAAUAGGAAUGCCCACAAUUACCAAAGAAAAAAGAGAGGUGAGAACCCUCAAAGUAGCAGACUCGACAGCCUGUAUAAAUCUAUCAGUCUACGAACCGGGGCACGUGAUAGUGCCAGGUGAUAUAAUCAAAUUAACGAAAGGCUAUGCAGCCAUCUGGAGACAAUGUUUAACUUUAUACUCGGGAAAGAAUGGUGAUAUCCAAAAAAUAGGAGAAUUUUGUAUGACUUUCAAUGAACAGUUGAAUAUGAGCGAACCUAUGCCGGUAGUGCCAAACACGAAUGCGGGGCCACAGAAUUUAAAUAAUAUCAAUAAUGGAACUACGAAUAAUGGGGGGAAUGCUAAUAGGACAUCAACAAUUGUACAACCAAACAACACAACAACGAUUUCAAAACCGUCCAACACCACAUUGUCUUCAGGGAACUCGAGAUACUCAGGUGGCAAACCUCAAAACCAUGGUAUAAGAAAAACAGAGACAAUGGGUGGUUUUAAAUAUGAACAAUUGAAUACAAAUGCAGAAGCCGCUGAUUUUAAUUAUACAGAAUCCCCAAGUUAUGUAAAUAAGAACAAAUCUGUGAAGCCUAUUUUUAAGACUUUGGGAUUGAUCUCGGUGUACUUUACACUUUCUAUCGGACUCACAUUUUACCAAAGAUGGCUUGUGAAAAGUCUGAAUUUCCACUUAACAAUAGUAGUGUUCCAUUUAACAUUCAAAUUCCUGCUGGCUGCAAUUCUUCGACAAUUGAUUACAAAACAUCGAGCAAACAUAACGUUAGGCACAGCUUUGAGAUCUGUAGCACCCACCGGGUUGGCAAGCGGAAUUGAUGUGGGGCUCUCUAAUUGGGGACUCGGUCUAGUCACUAUGUCAUUGUACACAAUGACCAAAUCGACAACAAUAGUGUUUAUAUUAGGAUUUGCUAUAAUUCUAGGAUUAGAAAAGAAGUCGUGGUCCCUGAUGGCCAUCGUCAUAACAAUAAGCUCAGGUCUAGCCUUAUUCACCUACAAAGCCACCCAGUUCGAUGGCCUCGGUUUUACUCUACUUCUCCUGGCAUCCUUAUGUGCAGGUAUCCGAUGGACUUUUGCACAACUGGUGAUGCAACGAUACAAACUAGGAUUGAAUAAUCCUCUAGAAAUGCUUUAUCAUAUGCAACCAUGGAUGCUGGCAUCCAUUAUGCCUGUGGCAUUGAUCUUUGAAGGUUCUCAUCUGUGGACUUUGUUCUCUGGUCUGUCAACGACAUCUUAUUCAACGAUAGGACAUAUUGUGAUACUAUUGAUAAUUGGAGCAGCUUUGGCUUUUGUGAUGGAAAUUUUUGAAUAUUUAGUAGUGCAUAAUACUUCUAGUCUCACUUUAUCAGUGACUGGUAUAUUCAAGGAAAUCGUCCAACUAAUUUUCGCUGUGGAAUUCAACGGCGACCAGCUAAGCACCAUCAACUCCUUUGGCCUCCUCCUGUGCCUCUGUGGCAUAGCUGGUCACAUUUGGCACAAGUCAACCAAGAGCCAAAACUCAGAAUCAUCAACCAACGGAGGAUCCAAUAACACCAUCAGCAAUACAAAUUCAUCUGACUUCAAAUCAACAGAAGAAGAGAUUGAAAGGAUUCUGCAGAUUGAUAAGAAUAAAAGACUUCUGGACAGUGGUGAUUUUAGCGAACAGACCAGGAAAGGUUUGUUGAGAUAUGAGAGUGAUGAUGAAGAAGUCGAUGAUGGUAAAGCUGGUGAUAGUAUGGAUGAGUCGGAUCAGUUGAUUUUUGAUAUUUUAAAGAGAAGGGAUUAUGUUAGUUCAGAUAAGACGUAAAGGGUAUAUAUAUGCGAGUUUUUUUUAUAAAUUUC